CGAAGCUCUAUCAAAACAACGUUACAGCGCCUGUUUUGGCUGUUUUUGAGUUUUAGCUAACAAGCUACUCGCGAUCCCAUUAAAUGACCAGCCGCACGGGAAAUAACUUACCUUAUUGAUACGGUACUUGGCCUAACAGAUCCGUUGGGGAGAAGAGAUGGCAGCUUAGAAAAUAACCCCUGGUAAGAUUUUUCUCCUCCUACCAUGGAUCUCUCUCUUUUUUUUUCUCCUUUCUUUUUCUUUUUGAGGCUUGGGCUGGAGCGCUCUUGUUUGGUCCUAGGUUCCUUAAAACUGGCUUUUCUCCGGGUCUUCACCGGAUCCGCCACCCGUUGAUAUCUCGGUCUAUUCUUCAGGGAUUGCAUUUAACCGGCCAAAAUAUACUGGGUCUUGCAGGCUUCCGCAGACUUUUUCGGAAUGGGUUUACCCUGCUGUUUUUUUUUUUGUUUUUUUUUUUAUCCUUCCUGGUCUUCUGUUUAUACUCCAUAUGUAAUAUUAUCUUCAUGAACACUCCGUCAAAUAACCAAGCAAUGAGACAGCCUGGGUCGGAGGGAAUUGUAUCGCCUCCAUAUAGCCUACUCGGUACGUGUCUAAGUGCCGGCCACGGGGGACGGAAGUCCAGUAACUUAACUUUCAGAUCGGCGGCCAGAACUUUCAACGAGCUGGAUAGUGAGAUACAUACCAUAUAACUAUCUUGAAUACGCUACACGGUGAUGACGACAAUGAUGGGCCAGCUUAGCUAAUAUAUCUACAUCUCGAACCUGAUAUCGAAGUCCUCUUCAUUGGUUUUCCCUAGUAUGAUGCUGAGUUAUCUUCAAAGCUCAUGCAAACUUCAUAUUUUGCCAACGUACCCGAAACAGCCUUCUGCUGGCUUGUCAUUGACAACUUCGUGUGAGAUACACCAAGAGAGGAGAUAACGUAUCGAAUAUGCCAGGCCCAUAGAUACGACUCACGAGACCUAGAAUGAUUUUACGAAUUCGUGGAGAACACUACCCCUGUGGACUACAAUUACCUCACCUCACCUCACUUGAUCCCCAGAUGGCAGAACGAGCAAUGGCACCGAAAAGCUUGGACCAUGAACAUAUAUCUGCCCCCGGAAUUGCGUGGAUCCAUUUGUAUGUAACAGAGUCAAGCCGAGGACCCUCUCUCCGGCCGAGAGCUGCAUAUGUACUUAGCACAGUAGCUUACAAAAGGCCAAGUGAAGUGAGUUCUAUAGAAGAGCUCGAGACCGAACGGGCGAGUGCUUUUGCCGUGCGAAUCGCGUGGUCUGAGGGGUUCGCUUGAUACAGGUGGCUCGAAGCUCUCUUAGCAGCAUUCAUUGUCCAUAUACAAGCCUUUAUAGUGAUGAAAGAGCUUUACUUAUCCGACUUGAAAUAGAAUAUCUUCACAAUGUUGCAAUGUAGUGUAUUUGUGUGUCUCGAGCAACCUGGUUCAGGGGAUGUGUGAUUCAUUUCUCCACGUCACGAGAGACUUCUGGUCAAGUCAGUUGAAAGCCGUUGGGCUAUUGUCGUGAGUGAGCUUUUAAGUGCCAAUACAAAGCAUACAAACGGCAUUUACUAUCAUAUAUAUCUUAUCAGUGAUGUUAUCAGCACGGUUGAUAUCACUUACAAGACGUCAAAAUCCUAGAUUUGAAUUUCAGCAAUCUCUCGAGUGAUGGAGAGUUAGAUAAUUAUAGUUGUCUGAAUACGGUUGUGGAUGCGAGGACCAGCUGAACGGACCCGAGACACACAAACCCAG